ACAGCCGUGGCUGAUACGGUGGCCGAAAGAGGACAGAAGCGGUUUGAAAUUGGCUUGGCGUGGCCUAGAUUGAUCCCUCGGUGUCAUCGUAGUGUGAAGAGCCGGCGAGAGAGCGGAGAUGAGCGGCAGGAGGAGAGAGGAGCAAAGUGACCCCCUGAUGACAUGGAUGCAGACUUUUCCAGUGUCUGGUCCCUGCAAAUCCUAUGAGGACCUGACAGGUGGAGUAGCUAUUGCCCAGGUCCUGAAUAUCAUAGAUUCCAGCUGGUUCAAUGAGACCUGGUUGAUGCGGAUAAAGCCGGACACUGGAGAUAAUUGGAGGAUGAAGGUCAACAACUUAAAGAAAGUCCUACAGAGUGUUCUGGAGUAUUACCAGGAUAUAUUGGGCCACCCAGUCUCAGAGGAUCAUAUUCCAGAUGUCGCUUUGAUUGGGGAGUUCUCCAACACAGCAGAGCUCAGGAAGAUGGUGCAGCUUGUCCUAGGAUGUGCCAUCAGCUGUGACAAGAAGGAAGAGCACAUCCAGCAGAUCAUGACCUUGGGGGAAUCUGUCCAGCAGGCUGUCAUGGAAUCCAUCCAAGAACUCCUGAGUAAGGAACCUCCUGGUGCUGCGACACCCGACAGUUACGUCAACUAUGAUAGUCAGUCACGUAAAUAUUACUACAUCAGUGAGGACACAGAUGAGAAAAGUGACAUCCUGCAGCGCUGUCAUGACUUGGAGCAGCAGGUCUCAAUGCUCGCGGAGGAGAAGCGGAGCCUGGUGUCGGAAAACAGAGCCCUCCGGGAGCAGCAGGAGGAUGAUGGAAUGGGUUCGCCCCAGAUGUUUAGCAAGAAGGUGCUUCUACUGCAGAGUCAGAUCGAGCAGCUACAGGAGGAAAGCUACAGGCUGGAGAGUGCACGGGAUGACUACAGGCAGCGGUGUCAGGAGUUGGAUCGGGAGGUGCAGGAUCUACAGACACGUAACCAGGAUCUCACCGGGCUGGCACACGAGGCCCAGUCACUGCGGGAUGAGAUGGAUGUGCUAAGACACUCCUCGGAUCGAGUGGGGAAGUUGGAGUCACUGGUUGAGUCGUACAAAAAGAAAUUGGAGGAUCUGGGUGACCUGCGGCGCCAGGUGAAGCUCCUGGAGGAGAGGAACACAGUUUACAUGCAGCGCACCUGUCAGCUGGAGGACGAGCUUCACAAGGCACAUGCCUCUCGCGGUCAGGUGGAUGGGCUCACCAGACAGAUCCAGGAUCUGCACAAGAAGCACUCCUCGGAAUCUCUGCGUGCCGAAAAAUGGCAGUUUGAGUUCCAGACACUUAAGGAGAAGUUUGAAGCUCUACAGAAAGAGAAAGAGCGGUUGUUGGUGGAGCGAGACUCUCUCCGGGAAACAAACGACGAGCUGCGCUGUUCUCACCUCCAGCAGUCCUGUCUUGUACAGGGAGAUGUUCUUCUUCUUUCCGGGCCGUCUCCUCCAGUGGAGAAUUUGGCAGCGGAGAUCCUUCCAGCAGAAAUUAAGGAGACGGUGAUUCGGCUGCAGCAGGAGAAUAAAAUGCUGUGUAUUCAAGAGGCCUCGUACCAGGAGCGCCUCAAUGAACUGCAGAAUCUGCUGGAGGAAUCAAACCGGGCCCGUAACCGCCAGGAAAGCGAGAACAGACUGAACCAACAGCUGAUCCAGGAGUUGCGGGCUCAAGUGGAGGAUCUCCAGAGAAAGCUGCGGGAACAGGGCAGCCGUGCCGAAGAUUCUUCACAGCUGAAAAGGAAGUUGGAGGAACACCUCGAGAUGCUACAUGAUGCCCAUUCUGAGCUACAGAAGAAGAGAGAGUACAUAGAGACACUGGAGCCCAAAGCUGACCUGAACAUGUCCAAGAAAGUGGAUGAGUUGCAGCAGAUCCUGCGACAGAAGGAGGAAGACAUGCGCGCCAUGGAGGAGAGGUACAAGCGAUAUGUGGAAAAAGCACGCACGGUUAUUAAGACUUUGGAGCCCAGACAGCAGAAUUACGUCGCUCCUGAAGUCCAGGCCCUAAAGAACCAGCUACAGGAGAAGCAGACGCGAAUCCGGCAUUUAGAGAAUGACUUUGAGAAGACAAAAUCUCAGCGAGACCAAGAAGAAAAACUUAUAAUAAGUGCCUGGUAUAAUAUGGGCAUGACUCUCCAGCAGAAGAUCACAGAUGAGAGGACUCAGGUCGCCAACGGCGCCCAAUCCUUCCUGGCUCAACAGCGGCUCGCCACCAACGCCAGACGCAGCCAGCUUUCCCGCACCUCCUUGCUGCCCAGAUACAUCAGCUCUGAGAAGCGUCAGAGCCUUUCCUGAACCUGCUGAGAGCUAUAGACAUUUCAGAACAAACUACAGGAUAGAACGCUAGGCCUCAAAUAAGCUAUGGGCUGCCAGACCCUGCGGGGAGCCCAGUAUCCUAAUAACGGGGAUUAGGGAUCUAUCUUUUGAUAUCCUUGGUCUCUCUCCUGCCUAGGGAGCCUGGCAAGUGUUUUUAUCCAAUGAAUCUCCCCUUUAGUGAAGGGGAGCUGCCUUUUUAUCCAUUGCUGCCGCCUUUUUAACGCCAUGUAGAUAUAACCCAGAAACUGUCCCAUAAUGCCCCUGCACGCUCCCUCACAGCCCCCACUCUACAGACAAUCACUA